CUCUACAUGACACUGUUGAGAGAGAUCCUACUGAAAAAUUCAAGCUUGAAAAACUUAGUGUAUAAUGCUACAAUUAUCGGAAGAGAUGCCACUGACUUCUCCCUCUCCCAAGGGAAGGUUGUGACAGUUUCUCCAAAAAACCAAAUUACUGUCACUCUGAAAUUUACCGGUCGCUUCCUCCAUCCUGCUGAAGCUUCGCUACUAUUAAUUUCAAAACCUAAGAAUGGAACAGGAGGUACUAUGAUGACUUUUGCUCUCAAGGGUGAAGUCCUCAAUUUUAAAGCCAUCUGUCAUUUUUGUGGAAUCCUCAACAUUUAUCUCUUUGCCAUCCCAAUUAACUGAAGUUGGAGAAUU